UUAUCUGUAUUAUUAAAGAAGCACAUGUUUGACCGCAAAUAUAUUUUUUAAUACCAAAAUUUUUGAUUUUUGUUUUAAAUUAAAAUUUUUAAAUAAAUUAUGCCUUCUAAAUGCAAUGAGUUAGAAGAUUUUGUUGAAUUGGACGAGCACGAAAAUUUCAAAACAAAUAUUACAAGUUCAACGGAAAACAAUGAUCAAAUGAAAGUGAAACGUAGAAUUAUUGCCGGUCCCUGGAAAAAUGUAGCAGAAUUCAAGAAAGUCUAUUGCUGGCUUUAUGGUCCCGAUUCUAAUACUGAGUCUCGCAAAUUAGCUCUUAGCCAGAUGAGAGUUUGGGGCUUAAGACGUAGCACACAAUGUCCGGCCGCCAUUUUGGGUACUAGUGUUAUGGUGGAAGUUCAACUAAAAGAUGAAGCGGCUUCGAUUGCAAACAAUGACGACUUGCAAAUGUUAUAUGCGAGCGCUUUUACAAGGUUUUUUAAUUUCAUGUCUUCGAUCAUGCAAACUUAUAGCAUACGUAACAUGUAUGAUACGGCCAAAGACUUGGGUUUGGCAUCUUUUGUGGUCGACUUACGUCACAUAUGUGCUCAUGGCCAAGUUUUGCCACCAUUGGAGGUGUUACGUAAUACCGCACAAUAUUGCUUGCAUUGGCUGCGCGAUUACUAUUGGAAUACUCAAAGGGCAAAUAUGUGUGAUGUAGAUGCCGCGUUCAUUAGGCGAAAAGAUAAAACACAAUGUGAUCUUAAUAUUAGCAGGCUUUUUGAAGUUUAUGACUCAGCCUUGGAGGUUUAUAUGGGAGGUGUUGUAAACAUAAAAAUAGCCAAACGUUAUUUGCAUGGGCAUCGCCUGCAAUGUUUGAAAGAAUAUUAUAAUUUAAAUAAAUUCAAAACAUUAACGGAGAUAUUCGAUCACAUUGUGCAGAAACUUGGACAAUUGAUAAAACGCGAUAUAGCCAUUAAAGAUAUCACAGAGGUUUUUGUUGAAGCUAUCCUUAAGAUGAAAUAUUUCUUUAACGUCUACGAAAAGGCGCAGAAUUCAGAUAAACAUUUGGAAAUGCUAUUAGAAGUUACUCAAACAUUAUUUCGUAUGUUGGCUUUGUAUGACAUGUUGGAGAAAUUUUUCGAAGCAGUGCUUGAUAUUGCUGAAAGCGUUUCAGCAAGCGAUGAAAGAAAAUCAGGAGCCAGUUUUUGGGCAAUACAAAUUAGUAAGGGUUUUAAAGCAUAUCGCAAAUGUAAAGAGCUAUAUAAAAAGGAAUUAGAUAAGAAUCCUAAUAUUCAAGAAGUAACAUUUUCGUCGACCAAUGUAACUAAACUCUCACAUCAUGUACGUGAGCUUUUAAUUUGCAGUGGUAUUGACCGAAGAUAUACCUUAAUAUUAUCGGAUACCAUGCGUAGACCGUGGAUUUGGAGUUUCGACCGUUCCUACCUUGAAAAACAUUUACAGAUGAUUAAUAAAUACACAGUUCCAGUAAUCAAACGCUUAUUAUAUUUAAUUGAGCCUGAAUUAACUGUAGACGAAAUGCAAGCAUUUUGCUCAUUAAUUGAGGCAUAUUUUGAGGUUCCCACCGAGACAAACAUGAAAGAUAAUUCCAAGAUUUAUACUCCUCAAGAUUUAUUAAAUAAAAUAAACGGUGUAGUUGCAGAGACUAUGGAAGUUGAUAAUGACGAGCACUCCUUAGAAUGUGAAGAGAGCACCGAAAAUUAUGGGUUAUGGUCUAUUGCACCAGCCAACAUAUUGAGUGUCUAUUGUGCUUUUUUGUGACAUUCAGAAAGGCGGAUUGUCAUCCAUCCAUUGCCUGGGAUCAGGCUAAAACCGAGGCAUAUAUAAUCAAUUAUGUCAAUCAUCAAUUCAGCCAGCGAAGUAUAUCAUAUAAAUACAUUGCAUGAUCAUUUCUUUUCCGAAUUUUCUUCCACGGCUUUAAUCGUCUCAAAUCGGAAUUCAUGAAAGAGUAAUUUUGGUACUGGAAAUCGCUUGAAUGUAUAAAGCAGACAAAAAAUGAUUGAUCAUACCUACCGCAAAGAUUAUGUACUUUCCUAAAUAGCGGUUAGAUGGCAUUCUUAAAUGUGUUCACUAAUUUGGCUUUCAAACUCAAAACCUUCUUGCUUGAGCGCUUAAUUUUCAACAUGUGUUGAAAGUGUCGAAAGACGCGGCCACGGGCGUAAGUUUUUUAAAGCGGCCCAAAAAUACCUAACUGCACCGAUAUCAAGCCAAAAUUAGAGCAUAACUUGCAUAUGUGGGCGGGAGCUUGGGAGACCUUGAUCGCAUACAGCGAAAGGCUCACAUGUUGAUGGGCGCUAUCCUUAAGCAUCGGACCAGUGUUCUACGGCGGUAAAAUAGAUAUAUGUCCAUCAAUUUUAAGCCCUUCAACAGGACUACAUACCUAUCUCAGCGUUCUUACGCAUUCGCUUUGGAGUUACCUCGAUACCGCUCAACACACUGCCACGACUCAUCGUUUCUUAACUAUAAAGUCCACCUUUUCAAGUUGAACAUUUAGAAACACUUCUUAUAACUUCAUCCGAUCACCACCGUACCCGAACGUACAGGGGAUAACUCUUGGGUGGUCAUGAUCAUGGAACAAAAACUUUCGCUUUCUUCAUUUUAUAUACAAACCUUUAUCAAUUUAAUGUUUGUUAAGUGCCACGUAGCGCCACUGAUAUCGUAUGCUACAUUGGUUGUUGGUGGCAUAUUGCAUGUUGCCGUGAACAAUUUUCGGCCCGAUAUGUCUUCAAUAAACGAAGAUGUGUGUGUCUUUGCUAAUGCUGUUAAGUCAUCGAAACCCCUACCACUUCAUAUCAAAACGAUUUUUAAGCCGCGCAUAUUUAAAGUGACUAUGAAAGCCUUUUAUCUGUCUAUAAAUCGCACCUACAUAUUUACUUUGUUCUUAUAUUAUACGAUAUGGUCGGUAUAUGGUCCAUAUUUUUAACUCUGCUGUCGUUCAACAAUUAUGCCACAGGAGGCUCUAUAGUGUUGCCUUCCACAUCAAUGUUAAUUAUAGUAAUGAUUAUUAUUGUAUCAUAUAAUUAAAUUAUCAUUAAUAAUUAUCAUUAUUAUAAUUAAUAAAUUAAACGAGUACGGGAAAUUAAAUUGAAACCAAUCCGCCUGGGCGAUCGAGUAGACA